AUGAAUCAUGAUCAUGGCAUGGAAGGCAUGGCACCACCACCAUUGUCAACCAAUGGCACCUCUGGGAUGCACCACCACAUGAUGAUGAUGCAUAUGACCUUCUUCUGGGGCAAGAACGCCGAGAUCCUCUUCUCAGGCUGGCCCGGUACGCGUGCGGGCAUGUAUGCAUCAGCCUUGAUAUUCGUCUUUGUUCUUGCUUUCCUUGUUGAAUGGAUCUCUCAUUCUCGGUUGAUCAAGCCAGCAUCAAGCAAUGUCUCAGCUGGUCUUGUGCAAACGUUCUUGCAUGCCAUGAGGGUUGGUCUUGCUUAUUUGGUAAUGCUUGCUGUCAUGUCGUUUAAUGGUGGGGUGUUUCUUGUGGUGGUUGCUGGUCACACCUUGGGCUUUUUGCUUUUUGGGAGUAGGGUUUUCAAGAAAAAUACAGAAGUGUUGUCUUAUGAAAAAACAUCUGAUAUUCCUCCAAUGAGUUGUUGA